UUUAACCAUCUAUUUGAUCAGUGUCAAAUAAAAAGUAGAACUGGUCUGAACUUUGUGCUCCCACACCAGGUUCUAGCACAGCUGAAGAAGUCAAACUUCACACUUUUAAACCGGACAAUCAAAUUUGAUGAGAAUGGUGAGCCCAAGUUUGGAUCCUAUUCUAUUGUUUUCUGGAACCACAGUGGUGAUGCAGAGGAGAUUGGCUUUUAUCAUUUUUACCCACAGCGAAAUUUUUUCAUCAACGGCACCAAAAUUCAGUGGUACACAAAGGGACAAGUGCCUACUUCAAUAUGUUCAAAGGAAUGUCCUGUAGGACAUGCAAAGAAGCAAAAUGGGAUCUAUGACUGCUGCUUCAAUUGUAUUAUCUGCCCAAGUGGAACUUAUAUCAACAGCUCAGUGGAUCCCUACAAAUGCCUCAAAUGUAAGGAGACAGAGUGGUCUGCAGAAGGAAGCACAUCAUGCAGUCUGCGGGUGGUGGAGUACAUCCCAUUCACAGACAGUGGAGCUAUAGUGAUCAUGGUGUUGGCCUGGGUCUUGGUGGGUCUCACAGCAGCCAUGUCUGUUCUCUUUGCCAUCAACUACAACACACCUAUUGUCAGAUCUGCUGGGGGACCAAUGUGCUUCUUAAUUCUAGGCUGCCUCAGUCUGUGUAGUAUUAGUGUGUUCUUUCAGUUUGACAAGCCAACAACUUCAUUUUGUGUCUUAAGGUUCUUGCCAUUUUUUUUGUUCUACACUGUUUGUUUGGCAUGUUUUGUUGUGCGCUCCUUUCAAAUUGUUUGCAUUUUCAAAAUAGCUGCCAAGUUCCCCAAUCUGCACAGUUGGUGGAUGAAAUAUCAUGGACAGUGGCUGGUCAUCACUGUGGCAUUUGGAACUCAGGCGCUCUUACUUCUUAUCGGCUAUUCUUUUGAUCCACCCAAGCCCUACAAUGAAACUGUUUGGUACCCAGACAAAAUAAUUCUUAGUUGUGACAUUAAUCUCACAGCCACCUCUAGUCCUGUGGUUUUACUUGUGUCCUUGUGCUGCUUUUGCUUCAUUUUCUCCUACAUGGGAAAAGAUCUCCCAAAAAAUUACAAUGAGGCCAAAGCAAUAACCUUCUGCCUGCUCCUGCUGAUCUUCACCUGGAUCAUCUUUGCCACUGAGUACAUGCUUUACCGUGGCAAGCACAUCCAAACUCUUAACGCUCUGGCAGUACUCUCCAGUCUCUACUCCUUUCUGUUGUGGUACUUCCUCCCAAAAUGUUACAUCAUCAUAUUUCAGCCCCAUAAAAACACGCAACAGUACUUCCAAGGUAUCAUUCAGAAUUAUACCAAAACAAUUAGCCAAUAGCAACUUAGUAAAUAUGUGCAUCUGUUUGUUUGCUUUUUUCAAAAGUUUUGAAUUAAUGUUUUAUGCAUCUUUGUAUUUUAGUUUGUUUAUUUUUGAGGAAUACAACAAUAAUCAAACAAUAUCAAUCAUUGUCAAAGACAGGCUUUUGCUAAAAAAAAAAGAAAUUGAGAUUUUCUUCCAAUGAUUGUGACACUCAUUCUGAUAUUAUAAGUCACAUUUGAUGAUGCUGCUCACUUGUGCUUAUUGAAGGAAUUAUUUCACAUUUUGGGAGUACACUUCCUUUUUUCUCCUGUUGAGGGUUAUCAAUACAACUUUCACAUAUCUUUUAAAUAUGACACAGGGGAUUGUCAUAUUACCCUUAUGAAUUCACUUGUGAGCUUCUGAGGUGCAGGUUGGCAAUUUAUCUAUUUUUUGCGCCUUUUAUCAGAACCAGGCUAGCUGUUUCCCCUGCUUCAAGUUUUUAUGCUAAACUAAGCUACCCAUCUACUGGCUGUAGUCGCAUACUUAAUAAACAGAUGGGAGAGUGUCCCUCUCAUCUAACUCAGAUCAAGAAAAUAACAAGCAAUUUGAGUGUUGAGUGGAUAGUAUGUGAAAUAGAUACCUUUCAAAUUAUUUAGACAAUUAUUUAGCUAAAUUAGCAAAUAUAUAACAGAAACAAAAACAUGAAUAAGUUAAUAAAUAAAACAAAACAUACUUCAUACAACUGUAAGAUUCAAUGGGCACUAUAGUCCAUAUUAGGUUAUGCUAUUUGACAGCCUCAUUCAAAAUGCCAAUUCAAUAAAGAUAUAAAAUAGAAUGUCUCAACACAUGACGGUAACAAUUAACUGUGGUGCUGUCUACAUGAGAGACCACUGCUGGACUUUGAAUAUACUUUAACGGGAUAAGUUCCCUCAAAUGUCAGUACUGAUUUAUGCAUUACUCCUGGUGAUAGUUUUAGCUUAGAAUAAGAUCUUAAAAUAAGAGCAAAUUAGAAAGUGACGAUUAAUGGCCAAAAUUCAUUUUGGAAAAAUGUUACGUAAGAAAUGUGUUUUUGACAAAUAAAU